AUGAACAUGAUUUCCUUCAAUUUAUUGGCUACUGAGAUUAUAUCAUAUUAUGCGAGCUCAGCUAGCGCCGAAAAUUAUCCAUCUGUGGCACACACUGCAACCAUAAAUGGUUUUGCUGAUCCAAUUUACUAUGAACUUCCUGAAUGUGCUCAUUCAUGUGUCAAAAAAGACACUGACGCCAUGUCAUACUGGAAUACAGGCUGUAUUUGUGUUAUGUCAAACUGGGGUGCUGAAUGUAUUGCCGAAAAUUGCAAGGGCAGUGAAGUUUCAACUGCAACCAGUUUAGCUACCUCUAUUUAUUUCAGCGCCGGUGUUCCAACAUACUGGUAUAUUCCAGCCAGUGAUGUAACCGCUUUACUAUCUGCUGCUGAAGCUACAGUUACUUCGCAGAAUUAA